AAUUUAACUAAAAAUGGAAUCGAAGAACAAAGUCGUAUUAGAAUUGUUUCUGUUUGUUUCCGCGCUCAGUGCACGAAACCUAGGUUUUCUAGCUUCCCAAAAUCGAGGGAACCCUGUUUCAGUUCAUUUCCUUCACCAAAACCCUAAAUACGAAAAGAACUUACCAUUUUUGAUCCCCUUGCACCUUGCUUCAUCUUCCAUUUCUUCAUCCUUCGUACCUUCUUCUAUUCACACCUAUUUCUUAUGCUUCACACCGGCGAGCCAGUUAGCCAAGCUGCUCAUCGUUAGAGGUACAAAUCAAAUAAAUUUAUGGACAAGUAUUGUAUUGAAGAUUGAAGUGCUGCCGAACAACUCUGCUUCGUCUCGGAAGCAAGAGCAUGUGGAAGCUGGCAAGCGUCGGCUGGAGGAGUUUCGUAAAAAGAAAGCCGAUGAGCGGGUCAAGAAGGCUACAUCUUCUGGCUCUGUGCCAAAUUCUGAUGCAUGCCAUUGGAAUAGCUUUCGGGUAAUCCGGAUAAACCGACAUGGUUACACCGCGGUGUUGCAUUCCUACACAGCAUGCCAUUUAGACUAUGUCAUCCGUGUCGUCGUGAAAAGAUAAGUCAUACAUACUUACUCUAUUAUGUAAUGUUUCAAAGUUCUCAUACACUUCACUAGUUAGUCAUAAGAGAAAAGAUUGGUUAUGACAUGUUUUCAUGGUGCUAAGCAUGAAGAAUUUUCUACUUUAGAACAGGUGGGUUUCACUAAUUAUGGUUUAAGCAUUUCUUUCUUGGUGUCGAUUGUAUGAUGUUUUGGUGCUUCACUUUUCCUAUUUUUUUCCCGAUGAAUCUGCUCAAUUUAUUAGAUACAUUGGUAUUUGUAGCUGUUAAAUGAUUUGGUCAUUGGGGAUAUCUGUAAUCUAUAGGAUUGGUGCAAAUGUCUUGAAAGACAGAUGUAGUUUAUUCUAAGUCCCGUGUUAGUGGGUUUCUAAUUUGCAGUAUCAUAGUUGUCUGUAUGGAUACAAAUCAGUCUCCUGCUUUUUUUAAUAAUGAUUUACUUUUUGUUUUCAUAGAGAAGUAUCAUCAAUCAAUUAAAAUCAGAAAUGGAGAACUUACAGCAAGAGAUCAAAGCACAAUUGGUAUGUGCAACACUCCCUAUCUAUUUGCAUAACCAUUUUGGAGUUCAAAGCACAACUGGUAUGUGCAACACUCCCUAUCAGAAAUGGAGAACUUACAGCAAGAGAUCAAAGCACAACUUGGCAAAAAUCUAUUUUGAUAUUUUCGUCCGUAAAACCGAACACAAUUAGUUGAAGCACACUUGGAGUGAUUUUGUGGAUCCCUUUAUAAGAAGAGAUUAUUUUAGUAGUGUCUGACCUGAUCAAUAUGAUUUAUGACUUGGUGACUGCAUUGACAAUAAAUUUGUCGUGUAUUUGCUUCAGAUAUCAAUGCCCCUUGUACUUCUGAACAUAUAUGUUUCAUGUGAAUUAUAUUUUUAAUCCAUGAGAUUGUUAACUAGCCAAACCGUACUAUGCUCUUGUUUGUACAUACAGUCUGCAAGGAAUGCUGAUGUCCCAGUAAUAUUUGAUGCUGGGGGAAUCGAUGCACCAAUUCCACAAGAAUUACUGGAUUGUGUUGAUAUUUUUAGUCCUAAUGAAAGUGAACUUGGUCGCCUUACAGGAAUGCUAACCGAAAGUUUUGAAGACAUUACGCAGGCUGCUCUGAAAUGCCAUGAAUGGGUAAGUUCAAGUAGUACCGUAGGGAUAGAGCAGUGGAACUAAGACAAUGUGUGGAAUUGGUGGAGUUGUCAUUGGAACACAACAAGCUUGUUCGGCCUCUUCUUAACUUCAGGCUUUUGAGUUAGAUGGUUUUUGUGAAUUUGUUUGGACUUCAUGUAAAAUAUAUGAUUUUGUUAGUUGUUCUUUGCUUCAAAUAUCUAAUCAGUUUUGUUAGUUGUUGCCAACUAAUGAAUACAUUUAUGGGUUGUAUGUUGAUAUACUUUUCUUGA